UAAGCGCAAUUUUAAUAUAAAAGCUAUUUUGUCUGCACUUUGGUAGUAUUUCAUAAUUCUAAGUAGAAGAGUGAAAAGCAAUAGUAGGCUUUGUAACAAAACUCGCUAUAUCACUAAAAAAAUAAAGUAAAAAAAAAGGAGAGAAAAGUGCAUUUAACGCUUGCAAUUGAAAUAUCUCAGGACUAUAUAACUACUAAUAAAAAAAUAAAAAAAAAAAGAUGAUUCUUAGUUCGGAUGCCGUUUUCCAAAAGAUUAGCGAUGGUCUCAAGGAUAACGAGGCUAAAGCUAAAGCUGUUAAUGGCGUGUUCUUAUACAAAAUCACCAAAGACGGAAAAGCGGUGAAAGAAUGGACUUUGGACUUGAAAAAUGCUAAAAUUUAUGAAGGGCCGGCCAAAGGUGUUAAAGUUGAUACUACUUUAACCGUUAGUGAUGAAGAUAUGGUGGACAUUGCUAUCGGAAAAUUGAAUCCUCAAUCUGCUUUUAUGAAGGGCAAACUUAAAAUAAGUGGCAACAUAAUGUUAACACAAAAAUUGGCUCCUUUAUUAAAGCAAGCUGAUGCCAAGUUGUAAAUACAUCUCGACGCAUAUCCAGUUGCAAGAAAGCUAUGAAGGCAUCAUAAGUAAUAGUGGGCUAUGGAUAAUAAUUUGAUUGUAAAAACAUUCUCGUUUCUUUGUUUUUUAUUUCAUUGAUGUUAAAUGAAGUCAUUAAUUCCAUUAAAGAGAGAAAAAGAAAAAAAACGCAUCCCAGUGUUUUGUGCCGUGUUUCGUUAAUUUCCUUGUUAAUAGAAAUAAAGCAUAACUUUUGUAUUUACUAUGUAAAAUUCUAUUCUUUUCUAUAUAUGUCUGUCCGACAAGUGGUUCAAUUCUUUGCUUUCUUGAUGCCAGCAUUGCUGCGAGCAUUGCGAAACGAAUUAAUUGUAUGUUUUAUCAUGGUUAAAUGGUCAACUUGGAUCAUUCGAACUUGACGUGUCAAAGGGUAUACUGCACUCUACAUCAUAUUUACAAAGCCAAGUUUAAUUUUGUUUAUAUUCAGAUAUUGAAGACACUAACUAACUAACCAUAACCAAUUUAUCUCAUCUAGCAAAACCAAAUUUGGUUUCAUAUGCAAAAACCGAUUUCAUAUAUGAACCACAAAAAAAAAAGGAAAAAAUUUUCGCAAAUAAAACGAUUAUAUAAUGAACUGUUCAAAGGUUUAAAAAAAUAAAAUGCAAAUUGGCCUUGCGUUCAGGUAUUCUCUUCUAGCCUCUAAGUGCAAUGUCUGCAAAAAUGCACUUCAGUCGACUUUAAAAUCGAAAAGGAUGAAAAUGUACUGAGUUAAUAGAUUUUUGAUCAAGCUGCUGAAUGACUUUAAAAUUCCUUCUAGAUUGGACAAAGCAGAGAUAAUUGCCUUUCGAGUACCGAAAAUAAAGCAAAAGAUAUUAAUCUUAAAACAAAAACCUGCACUCCCUCAAGUAUUGACGUUCGAUGGCACCGCAAAUCUUUGGAAACCUAUAGUAAAUAACCGAAAAAUAGAUGUGCAUAACUUUAACAGUUUUUCCACUUUUCCGCAGGGUUGAGCAUUUUAUAAUGUGACAAGCAACGAACCUGAUGAACUAAUCUUAAUCUCUACUCUAAUGAAUAUCUUUCCCACGUAUCGCCCAAUUUUUUUACUAAAAUUACUGAUUUUAGCAUAUAUUUACCAUAACUUUACCUAAAGAACUGCACCAAAAUUUAAAGCAAAGUGAAGAAUGUAGAUAUUUGCAGGCCUCGACUUGGCGUUUGAUCAUUUUGAGGUUAGGUUAUACCCUUUUUUACCUUUGGCAACAGUCACGUUUGAAGAGAGAUCUUAAAAUUAAUUCAAAUUCUUCAUCAAAAAUCGUAUCGAUAAAAAUAAUUUUCAAUAUUAAAUCAUUUUCAUUAAGCUAUUACGUUAUAUACACAUAUACAUAUUUCGUUAAUAUAGUAUACAUGGGCUAAACUUACAAAUUUUGGUGAAUCAUUAAUUGUUAGUAAUAAAACUGAUUGUUUGGAGCAUAACAGACACCGGGGAUGGAUUUUAUCGGACUUUACUUUCUUUUAAGCAAUGAGUUCGAGCCGUCAAGCACAAUAGCAAAAUGCAUUAAUUAUUUUCGCAUAAAUUGUACGAUUGAAUGUCAUCGACACACCGAGACUUCAAUUUGCCAAAGAAUUUACUAUUCUUCACCAACCUUAGUCAUAGAAUAAAAAAAUUAAAACUUUUUGUCCUACUGAGGCGAACCGCUUGUGACAGCCUUUUUACUUUAUUAGCCUAAAAGAGUAAUUUUCGUAAGAACAUUCAUAUGGCAGGAGUCUGAAAAAAUUAUCUUUAUCCUCUUUAAAUUUUCCAAGUGGUAAUUUUUGUUACAUAACUUUUUUUGUGGGAGGGGCUCAAAUCAAUUUACAUCGAUGUAAAUUUUAAAUUGAUUUCGAAUCAAUCGAUUUAGUAAGAACUUAAUCUAUCUCAUGUUUC